CAUUUAUAAAUUAUGUAGAGAUCAUAAGAAAUUAUUUGGAGACCAAGGUCAUGGCUCAUUCUCUUAUUCCUGCCAAACCUCCUCACCUCACCCUCCCUUCCAGCUCUUGCCCAAAGGUUGCUCCUCAACAUCUGUUCGUAAAAUUCUCUGCAUCCCCUCGGAGGCGUAGUAUCUCCGUUGCCCGGGUGAUGCAAUCCUCCGGCGUUGAUGGCACGAAGUCAAGUAAAGAGGAUCCAAAAGAGACUAACUCUAAUGCCGCUCCGGUUCAACCAUCCGGUCGUGGUCUUCCUUUACCCAACAUCCCCAUAUGGGCUAGAUGGGUGUUAGGGUCCAUCGUUUGCCUUGCCUUACCAUUCUACAAGAGAAUAUUGAGGAUCGAAGAUGGGGUGGAGAAGGCUGCUGAAACUAUCUUAAAGACCGUCGAGAAGGUGGCAGAGAUUACAGAGGAGAUAGCUUCUGAUGUGGCUGAUGUACUUCCUGGCGAUGGAAGGUUGAAGGAGGAAGUUUUGAAGAUUGAGAACAUUGCAGACCAAAUAGACAAGGAUGCAGAGAAAGCUGAAGCCUUCCUUCACAAGGUUGAUCAAAUAGAAGAAGAGGUGGGUGCAUUGGUGGAGCCUAUCAUUGAGAAAGGAGAGCUCAUAGGGAAAGAAAACCAAGCAGAGAAGGAAGCCGAAGAGAGAGAAAUUCCAACAGACAAAGAGGCCAAUCCAAGCACAGCUCAGUCAAAAGACACGGGAGAAACAAGUGAUAAAUAAACAAAGGGAAAGAUGCUCCCUCUUAGAAUUAUAAUUGUUUGUUCUUUUCAAAAGUUUGUAUAAAUAUCUCUCCUGUGUCUCAGAACUGUAGCACGUUGCUAAUGAAAUAUUCGUGGCGUACGAUGA